GAAUCUGCCUGCUGCUUAUAUCGAAGCUAUCCCAAUGCAGUUUUCCACCCUCUCUUUGUCCCAAAGAGGUGGGACUGGAUUGCCAAUUGCUGUGGCCUUCCCCUUUAAGAUGAUGGUGUCGGACAUAAUAAUGUAUUAAUUAUUUUGUCUAAUGUCGGCAGACAUAAACUUGGGUCGAGCAACAACGUUAGAAUACCAGCAACGGUAGAAGUCUUAGCGUCAACCUUUUGCCGAUAGAUCAAAUCCGCGUCUCUAGCCUGGACGAGGUGGAAACCGUGUCCUUGCUGUCGUGAAAACCAGUAUCCUGUGUUCCAUGCUACACUUCUUCUGGACAGAAUGUCACUUGAGGAUGGAAUAAAAAAGAAAGCUUCCAGGAUGUCACACGCAGGGGGAGAGUAAGGAGUGCGUUAAAAUCCAACUAAAUUCGGACCGCUGCUUCCUCUAUCCUUUGCGAUGUUUUGGAUUUUAGAAAGUGACAACGGGCAAUAAGGGAUUUUCGGACGCGUAUUAUCUUCUUGUGAAAGGACAUUUCCCACAAUCCAUCUGGGGAGUGACCUCAUCCUUCUCAGCCCGAGGUGAUGACCUCCCCGGACUCCUCCCCCCUCACCUCCCCUCCCUCCUGCCCACCUCCUCCCCCCUCCCUCCCCUCCUCCCCCACCCCCUCCUCUCCGGCCCCCUCCACCUCCUCCUCCCUCCCGCUGCCUCCCUCCCUCCCCCCCACAGGGGAGGUGAUGGUCCUGGCUCUGGGGAGGAAGAAGCAGAGGGUGCUCCUCACCCUCUCCAUGCUACCCAACCUCUUCCUGGCCUUCCUGCUCUCCUCCGACCCCCUGCUCACCCUGUCUUCGCCCCACCACUGCCGGCUGCCCGGGCCCUCGCCCUCCCCCCAGUUCCUCAACGCCUCCCUGCCCUGGGACAGGGGGGUCCGGGCGGGGGGCGCACCGUCCCAGUGUAAACAGUUUGUGAACGGGACGGGGUCGGCGGUGGUGGAUUGCGAGGCGGGCUGGGACUACAACGUCACGGAGGGACUGAGGAACAACCUUGUCACUGAGUGGGACCUGGUGUGUGGUCAGUACUGGCUGGUGCCCCUGGAGGAGGUCUGCUUCAUCCUGGGUGUCCUGGCCGGCUUUCUGGGUCUGGGCUACACUGCUGACAGAGUGGGCAGGUCUAAGACCCUGCUGGUCUCCCUGACCCUGUCUGUGGUGUUUGGGGUGCUGGUCUGCGUCUCUCCCUCCCCCUCCAUCUUUAUCGUCAUGCGUUUCUGUCUGGCUGCCUUCAGCGCUGGCGGUUACCUCACUCUCUACAUCAUACGUGUUGAACUGUGUGAGCCCUCGUUACGACUGCUGGUCACCAUGGCGGCAGGCCUGGUGACGGUUGCCGGGGAGCUGCUCCUGCUUGGCGUGGCUCUGGGAUGCCAGUCCUGGAGGGGCCUACUGGGGACGGGGGCGGCUCCACUCUCUCUCUUCCUCAGCUAUGGUGUUCCAGGGGUGUUUCCAGAAUCUCCCCGCUGGCUCCUCCUGUCAGAACCAUCAGCUGACCUCAACUCCUUCAGCGACAGGAGGAACAGAGACAGGGAUGACGAGAGCUUCACAGAGCUGGGUCCAGACUCGCCCUCCGCCACGCGCCCACGCCUCUCUUUCCCCGAGCUCUUCCACAGCAGGAACAUCUGGAAAAACAUCUGCGUUCUCGGCUUUACCUCGUUCAUCUCCCACGGCAUCAGUCACUGCUACAGCUCGUUCCGCGGUGAUGUCAGAGGCACUGCCCCCAGCUUCUAUUGGACCUACCUGUUGUCUGUCUGCGCAGGGGGCGGGGCCUGGCUGUUGCUGUGGGCAACCGUGGACAGAUGCGGUCGCCGUGGCAUCCUGCUGCUUGGCAUGACGAUGACGGGGCUGGCAUCACUGAUCCUCCUGGGGCUGAUGGAGUAUCUGAGCGAGGCGGCCAUCACAGUGUUCUCAGUUCUGGGGCUCUUCUCCUCCCAGGCCACGGCGUCUCUCUGCAUCCUCUUCACUGCUGAGAUCAUGCCCACCAUCAUCAGGGGCAGUGGUGUGGGCGUGGUUCUGGCGCUGGGCUGUGUGGGCCGUCUCAGCUCCCCCCUCAUGGACCUGAGGAACCACUACGGCUACUUCCUGCACCACGUGGUGUACUCGUCUCUGGCCCUGCUGGCCGUGCUCUCCAUCCUGCUGCUGCCUGAGAGCAAGAGGAAGCCCCUGCCCCAGACACUGGCCGACGGGGAGCAGUACCGGCGCCCCCCGCUGGGCCGGAGGAGGAGGGACAAUGUGCCUCUGCUGGCCACGCCCAACCCAGAAACCUAGGCCCUGGCCUCACACACCUCCCUGCUCACUCACUGCACAGAGGAAAACCUGAGUGCUAUUACUGAUGUAGCAGAGCGGAUAGAAUGAUAGUCAUUGAGUCAAAUUGAAAGAGCUCUACUAAACAACACUCUGCUCUUCCUAACAUAUUGUUUUUUAGUCAUUUCUAAUAUAGAUUAUAGGAAUGUCAUCUGUGUCCAUCUACUCUCUCAUUGCGGUGUGCAUGAGAAUGAGAGUGUGUAUGUGAGUAUGAGAGUGUGUGUAUGAGUGUGUGAGUUGUUCCCUUGAGGCGGCUCUUUCUCUGGAGACCUGUAGUACACCAGCACACACCGCUGCACCCCAUCCCAAGCCCCUGGCUCCCCCUGGCCCCUGGCUCCUGGCUCCCCCUGACCCCCCCUGGCCCCUGGCUCCCCCU